ACGUGACGUCACUGUGGCUGAGACGGUAAGGCCUGGCGUUCUUGGUUAGAGGCGGCUACCUGGAGCCGGAAGCGCGGGUGCAGCAGGGCGAAGCUCCAGUUGGGGUCGGUUUCGCAUCCCGCCUGGCGUGUCCACGAUGCGGCUGGGCUCCGGGACUUUCGCUACCUGUUGCGUAGCGAUCGAGGUGCUAGGGAUCGCGGUCUUCCUUCGGGGAUUCUUCCCGGCUCCCGUUCGUUCCUCUGCCAGGGCGGAACACGGAGCAGAGCCCCCAGCGCCCGAACCCUCGGCUGGAGCCAGUUCUAACUGGACCACGCUGCCAUCACCUCUCUUCAGUAAAGUUGUUAUUGUUCUGAUAGAUGCCUUGAGAGAUGAUUUUGUGUUUGGAUCAAAGGGUGUGAAAUUUAUGCCCUACACAACUUAUCUUGUGGAAAAAGGAGCAUCUCACAGUUUUGUGGCUGAAGCAAAGCCACCUACAGUUACUAUGCCUCGAAUCAAGGCAUUGAUGACGGGGAGCCUCCCUGGCUUUGUCGAUGUCGUCAGGAACCUCAAUUCUCCUGCGCUGCUGGAGGACAGUGUGAUAAGACAAGCAAAAACAGCUGGAAAAAGAAUCAUCUUUUAUGGAGAUGAAACCUGGGUGAAAUUAUUCCCAAAGCAUUUUGCGGAAUAUGAUGGAACAACCUCGUUUUUUGUGUCAGAUUACACAGAGGUGGAUAAUAAUGUCACGAGGCAUUUGGAUAAAGUAUUAAAAAGAGGAGAUUGGGACAUGUUGAUCCUCCACUACCUGGGGCUGGACCACAUUGGCCACAUUUCAGGGCCCAACAGCCCCCUGAUUGGGCACAAGCUGAGCGAGAUGGACAGCAUGCUGAUGAAGAUCCACACCUCGCUGCAGUCGAAGGAGAGAGAGACGCCUUUACCCAAUUUGCUGGUUCUCUGUGGUGACCAUGGCAUGUCUGAAACAGGAAGUCACGGGGCCUCCUCCAUGGAGGAAGUGAAUACACCUCUGAUCUUAAUCAGUUCUGCGUUUGAAAGGAAACCUGGUGAUAUCCGACAUCCAAAGCAUGUCCAACAGACGGAUGUGGCCGCGACCCUGGCGAUAGCACUUGGUUUGCCGAUUCCGAAAGACAGCGUAGGGAGCCUUCUAUUCCCGGUGGUGGAAGGAAGACCAAUGAGAGAGCAGUUGAGAUUUUUACAUUUGAAUACAGUGCAGCUUAGUAAACUGUUGCAAGAGAAUGUACCGUCAUAUGAAAAAGAUCCUGGGUUUGAGCAGUUUAAAAUGUCAGAAAGAUUGCAUGGGAACUGGAUCAGACUGUACUUGGAGGAAAAGCACUCAGAAGUCCUGUUCAACCUGGGCUCCAAGGUUCUCAGGCAGUACCUGGCUGCUUUGAAGACGCUGAGCUUGUCCCUGAGCACACAAGUGGCCCAGUACGACAUGUAUUCGAUGAUGGUGGGGACUGUCGUGGUUUUGGAGGUUCUCACCCUGCUCCUGCUCAGUGUCCCACAGGCACUGCACAGAAAGGCUGAGCUGGAAGUCCCACUGUCAUCUCCUGGGUUUUCUCUGCUCUUUUAUUUGGUGAUCUUGGUUCUUUCGGCCGUUCACGUCAUUGUGUGCACCUCAGCUGAAAGUUCGUGCUACUUCUGUGGCCUCUCGUGGCUGGCGGCAGGUGGGGUGAUGGUGCUGGCCUCGGCGCUGCUGUGUGUGAUCGUGUCUGUUCUGACCAACGUGCUCGUGGGUGGAAACACCUCCAGGAAGAACCCCGUGCAUCCCAGCUCAAGGUGGUCAGAGCUAGACCUUCUUAUUCUGCUAGGGACGGCGGGCCACGUCUUGAGCCUGGGUGCCAGCAGCUUCGUGGAGGAGGAACACCAGACCUGGUACUUCCUUGUGAACACCUUGUGUCUAGCUCUGAGCCAAGAAACCUACAGAAACUACUUUCUGGGAGACGACAGUGAGCCUCCAUGCGGCCUCCAUGUGGAACAAGGGCUUGACGGAGCCACACCAGCGUGGCAGGACGGGUCUGCCUGUGAUGCGCUGGAGCGAGACAAAGGCCACAGAAGCCCCUCUCCCUCCCAAGUGCUCAGAGGCCACAAGAAGUGGAUGGUGCUGGCCAGUCCGUGGCUGAUACUGGCCUGCUGCCGGCUGCUGCGCUCUCUCAACCAGACAGGUGUGCAGUGGGCUCACCGGCCUGACCUCGGCCACUGGCUCACCAGCUCUGAUCACAAAGCCGAGCUCUCUGUCCUGGCUGCCAUCUCCCUCCUCGUCGUUUUUGUGCUGGUGCAGAGGGGGUGCUCCUCUGUGUCCAAGGCUGCCCUGGCACUGGGGCUGCUGGGCGUCUACUGCUACCGGGCAGCCAUCGGGAGUGUGCAGUUCCCGUGGCGGCCAGACAGCCAGGACAUUUCCAAGGCAACUCCAACAACAUUGCCACCGUGGACAUCUCCGCAGGCUUCGUGGGUUUAGACACCUACGUGGAAAUCCCAGCCGUGCUCCUGACAGCGUUUGGGACGUAUGCGGGGCCUGUGCUCUGGGCCAGCCACUUAGUGUACUUCCUGAGCUCAGAAACACGCAGGUGAGGUGCCCCUCUGCUGUUCAGCACAGUUCUGGGGGCCGGCUGCCUGGUUUUAAGGGUCCUACUUUGUUCCAUAUGCAAGGGGGUCUGAGCUCCAUGGAUCCAACAGUCUUUUCAACAAUUUUCUUUUCCUUAAAUAAGCAACAGUCCAAAGCUCAAGGGCCAGAGGCCAGCCUGGGCGGUCCGUGUAGGGCCAGGGUCAGGUCUGACAGAGUCUCUCUGGGCUCCCCAGGGUCGGGUCUGACGGGGUCUCGCUGGGCUCCCCAGGUCACACCAGUACAUGGUUUCUAGAGACACAGGAAGGAAAAUUCCUUUCCUGCCACCCAGGUUUGUCUGCUGGCCGGUGGCCAGAUGGAGGGUGGGUCGUCCUUCCCGUUUGGGACAUGAAGAUAAAAGACGGCUCUCGGCCCCAGAGACCCUGGUGGAGUGCGCAGGACCCUGGAGAAGGCUCCUGGUUGGGGCCAUGCCUGUUCUGAGUCGUCCUUGAGUAGCUGGGGGCAUGUGUCUUCUACACAUAGGCUGAUGAGUUGGGUUGGAAAAACAAGGGGGGCGCACAGGGAAGUUCAGAGACCUGAGUCCUGUCCCCUGUUGCUGAGAAGUCCCUUCAAGCUGCGUCUGGCCUGCCCUCUGUGCUCUCCUGCCUGGUCCGCCUCGUUCCCUCCAGUGAGCCUGAGGUCUCCUCACUGACACCCACACGUCUCCUGGCAGCUUUGUGCAGAAGUUCCCCCAGGGGACCCCAGAUCAAGGGUGCAGCCCCCCCAGUCCACAUGCCUGUCUUCUAGCAGCUUUGUGCAGAUGUCCCCUCCGCUGGGGGACCCCUGAUCAAGGGUGCAGCCCCCCAUCCACACGCCUGUCUUCUCUGCAGCAUUCCCACCGCCCCACGCACUCUGCUUCCUCAUCAUGUUCCCACCGCCACACGCACUCUGCGUCCUCCUCAUGUUCCCACCGCCGCACGCACUCUGCGUCCUCCUCAUGUUCCCACCGCCGCACGCACUCUGCGUCCUCCUCAUGUUCCCACCGCCGCACGCACUCUGCGUCCUCCUCAUGUUCCCACCGCCGCACGCACUCUGCGUCCUCAUCAUGUUCCCACCGCUGCACGCACUCUGCGUCCUCAUCAUGUUUCUCUCUUGCUCCCCCAAGAAAGGCGGCUUCGUGAGGCAGGGGCUUCACCAGCUCUGUUCACCACAGCAUGUUCACCACAGCAGCCUCUGUGCCUGGCCUGGCGGAAUCAGGUGUGAGUGGAGUGCAGGGAGGUGGAUUCUGUACCUCCCAGCUUGGUCUGGCAGAGACCCCAGGGCCUGCAAAGUUAUUUGACUCACAUGUGCCCGGUUUUCUUAUCUGUAAAAUGGGAGUUGCUGGGGGUUCCAUGGGGGGGCACUUAGAAGUGUUCUCAGCCUUGCAGGGGCUAGUGGCCCCUGCAGCAUCUGCCAGAGUGCCCCGUGCUCCACGCUUGUCCCUGCUGCCAGCCACAGUCACGAAUCCCCGCAGCACCUGUGUGUUCCUCCAUGUGCUGAAAUCGUGUCCCAUGGCACGGCCUCCUCCGCAGCAGGCGAGCGUCUGAGGCACGUGCUGGGUGGCUUUCGGCACGUCAGCCAGAACUUCGCGUGUGUCCUGUGGUGACCAGAGGCCCCAGUCCUGCCGGGAGCCCCAGGGAGCGCGCUGUGGCCUCUGCUGAGCAGUGAGGCUGGAGGGCUCCUACGUCCUCCCAUGACUGAGCAGUCUCGCGGUGCUGACUGCCGAGUCCCCAUGCCAGCCCUCCCAGGACACUUAGAGGCUUCUCCUGCGGAGCUCCCGGUGACUCCACAGAGCACUCUGCACGUUUCUGUGGCCCCGCUCCGCCCUCUGGCUCUGCUCCACAGCUUCGUUCACCAGGUCUUCCUCUCAGCUCCACCCAGGCCGUCUCCCCACCUUACUCCCCUCCCCAGACCAGCUCCUGAGACCCAGGCCACAGGGACCCUUGCCCUUGCCUCCAGACCCAGAUGCCCAGCCCCCUGUCAACAUUCCACAGAGGUGUCCUCGGGCUGACAGGACUGAGGGGCCCUUUACAGGACAUGCGGGCAGGGCCCACGCACCCAGGCACACACACCUGUGCCCUGCCUUUGAGCUUUUCCCACCCUAAAAGGAGCUCCUGGCCGCUCACCUCCUGUGUUGAGGCUCUCACAGCAUGAAUGCUUCUGAGCCAAAGGAACCGUCCAAUCCACCGUGGUGGAAGCGCUCACGCCCCACAGACUCGGCGGCCCGGGCUGGACCCCUCAGUUACUCUCAGGUUUCUGUAAGGGGUCGGGGAGCAUUGGCCUUGCUUUAGCAGUGGUAGGCAUGUGCUUCCCACAGCUGACAUGGGAGCCUUUCCAAGGUGAGAAUCGCUUCCUGGCCAGACUGCAAGUUUCCCAAGGACAGGAAUACCUGAGAUUCACCUGUAUUUUCUUCAGGUGCCUGUGGACGCUUGACAUGCCCACUUUGGGGCAGUCUGUGGACAGACCCCCAUAAUUUACAGUCACUGCUGAGCUUGUCAUCACAGCAGAAAGCUGAGGUUCUGGGGGCGGAAGCCAGCAACAGACCAGCCUGGGAGACGCCCCCCGUGGCGGGGCUGUGUGGAGACGUCCGUCCCGACUUAGGUUCUGUGUAGAAACAAACGUCUGCCGUGAGACCCCUGCUCAGCGCCCGCCGGUCUCUCUCUCAUUGUGUGAGGCCAGCUGCGUGCUCACACUGGGCUUAUAGAAACAGGAGGCCCCGUCCUCGGCCGUCCGGGGUGGGCUGUCAGCACGUCGUGUGGUCAGGUGUCAGGACAAGCAGGCGUGAGCGCGUGGAGGUGCACCCGCCUCCACCCUGGAGAACGGAUGUGCUGCAGCUGUGCACGGCAUGAUCAAGCACCUGCUGUGUGGACGGCGCACCUGCCAGUGGCCAGCUGGGGACUGAGGGCUGGAAGCACUUGCCCGGCUCCUCUCUCCGUAGGUUUGGUCAUUGGCCUUGCAGCUGCCCUGGGGCUUGCAGAUUACAGUUUGAUGGACCAGGCACUUUUCACCUCUUACAUAGCCAGGCAGUUUGUUUUUGGGAGGGAAAAAGACAAAUGGAAGCAUGGUUUUAAAGUGAGGUGAAGGCAUUUUGAUCCGUUGGAGAGUGUCACAUGAUACUUUUCCUAGUCAAGGAGCGUUUCUCCUUCAUUUUACAGGGUUUUCUCCUUCCCUUUUAAAAGCUUAAAGCAUCAAGUUUUACUCGUGGUUUCUAUUUUGUUUCAGUAGAGUAGGAAAACUGUAACUAGGUCUAAAUGGUAAACAGAAAAUACAUUUCCAGCAGGUCAAAAACGUGGCCCUGAGUGGUUGGCAACCCUCUGUUCCAGGGGCCGGCGUCGGGCUGGCACCCCGGGCUGCCUGCUCCCCUGCAGUGCACAUGGCUCUUUGCUGAGGUGGUGGGAACUGCAAGCCGUCAUCUUCUAGAUGGGUAACGCUAAAAACUGUUAAACUGAAGUCAAGGUGGUACCAUGCCUAAGCCACAGCUUCCCGCGCGCUGUCUGGGUAGGAUGGGGCCACGGCCCACUUAGCCACGAAGCUUCCUGCAGAGUCUGUUCAACUUUUCCUGGGUGUUGCUGUCACCAGGGGGUGUGUCGUGGACACCUUGGGGUCCACCUCCCUGUGGGUUCCCCGGCCUGUGGGACUGGACACCGAGUGGUGACCAGCGGUAUGGGAUUGGGGAACCUGCCUAAGGAGCCUGGGCCUGGCAAGGAAACAGAGGCACCAGGGCCGCCCACAGGGAGAUCCCAGGGUCUGAGUGUUUGACCGGAGUGCAUGGCAGGCUGAGGUGAAGGAGUGUUUGGAGAAGCCAGGAGGAAGAAGGGGCCCUCCAAGGCCUGAGAUGGCGAGCCAGUGAGGGGCUGAGGUGAGGCUGUGGAGGGGUCAGCCUGAGCUCCCUGCCAGAGACAGUCGCUGGGAGCAUGAAGUACCAGGCACCUCCGGCCAGAGACAGCCCUGUCCUUGGCCCUUCGUGGCUGUUGACGCCCUUUCCUGAGCAGUGAGCCCUGAAGCAGGAUCCACUUACAGGACACCCUCAAGUAGCACCUGGCGGAGCUGCUGGGCUGACAGGACUGAGGAGCCCUUUACAGGACAUGCGGCGGGGCCCACACACCCAGACACACACCUGUGCCCUGCCUUUGAGCUUUUCCCCACGCUAAAAGUAGCCCCUCACCGCUCACCUCCUGUGUUGAGGCCCUCAACAGCAUGAAUGCCUCUGAGCCAAAGGAGCCAUCCACCAUGGUGGAAGCACCCACACCCCGCCCACACUGGACUUUAGAGGCGCCUGGCUUUGUGUCAGCAGUGCCCUGAACGUCUCUGCACGCUGGCAUGCUUGCACGAGUGUCUGCGCAGUCAGCACAGGUUGCCCCGUGAGCGCUGGAAGUCAUGCUUAGGGAGACCAGGCAGUGGCAGAGUGGGACAUACGGAACAGAGAGACCAGGCAGCCGCGAAGUGGGACAUACGGAACAGAGAGCACAGACAGGUCAGCUCAGCACUCACUGCUGCUUUUGCGGUGAGGCCAGAAAGCCAGAACUUAGAUUUGGAUCCUGGAAGGCCCGGCCUCUGAGGGUCUGAGGGCUGCCCCCUGGGCCCUUUCUGACAGGACUUGAUCAGAGGUCAUGGAUGAGGCAUGGAAAGUGCCCAAAUAAUGGAAUUUAUCAUUUUUCAAUAAUCACAGACUCACAGGAAAGUUGUUUUGAGGAAGAGAUUUAUGUAAUGUGUUGGUGGGUUGAAAACUAGGGGAGUACAUUAACAUACUUCGAGGGGUGGCUCUUAUUCUGAGAAAAAGAGCUGUCUUUCCCUGUGGAUUUGCUCAGCAAACCCCGCUGGGCCAGUGUCUGUCCCCAGACCAGACGGACUGACGUGGUCCUCCACACAACAGCAGGGAGAAAAGCUCAGAGCUUAUGUUUAUGUUUGUUUGUAUCUCGCCCUUUUGUGAUUUUCUAUUCAUUGUUUGUAUUGUAUAAUGCAUGUGAUAUGGUAGCACAUGGAUAUGUAAUUUUUAAAUAACUGUGCAAAGUCUGGGGGUGCGUUUUUCAGAGCUGUUUUACAGACAACGGUGGCAGACAGUGGCACUGCUGAGCAGUUGGGGCUGCAGCUCACGUCCCCUCAGGCGCCUCCGUGCCUUGUGGAGACACAGACCUCUGCCCACCCCAGACCAACCACAUCCAGAUUUCUGUGGGGAGGGACUCCAGAGUGGUACUUCCAGCACACACUGUAGGUGAUUUUUACAUACAGUCAAAUUUUAGAGGCAUUUCUGGAGAGCUCAAGGUGUGUGUAUGGGACGUCGUGGCCCUCACCCGUCCUCCUUCUGUUUACUCUGCUUCAAUUUUCUUCAUGAAUUUGUCUCUUCUUGACAUGUUACGUAUCUGGUGUCUCCUGCCUCCUUCACUAGAACACAGCCUCCAAGGGGGCAGGAUGGGUUUUCCCGUCUCCCGGGCAUCUGGAGAGGCACCUGUCCCAGCACCAUAGUGACUGGAUGUGUGUGUGGAAGAAGGAACGCGGUGCCCUCUAGUCCAAGGGCAAGAGCUACUGGAGUCUCUUUGAAAGUAAAAGUGUUGUUACAUGCGUGGUAUGUAAGUGGCAUGUGCUAAUACACAUUUUCUUUCUUAUUAACAGCAGUUCAGCACUGAGUCAUGCUUGCUUCUGCUACGCGCUGAUUUGUUCUAUUCCAGUUUCCACAUAUAUCGUUUUGGUGACAUCUCUGCGUUAUCAUUUAUUUAUAUGGAGUGUAUUUUCUCCAAAACUUCUCUAUGAGGGAAUGCAUCUGCUCAUUACAGCUGCUGUCUGUGUAUUCUUCACGGCAAUGGAUCAAACCAGACUCACACAGUCUUAGACUAAGCUGAACACUGGAAAAAUAAUACAUGCUUAAAGUCUGCUGUUAUUCUAAAUUGAAAGAUGUGAAUUCAACAAAGUUGAGGAAUAACUAAUUUCUUUGACUACUGUACUUGAAUUUAGACUAAGUAGUAAAUAGUCUAAUAAAAUGUCACUUUAAUAUA